CUUCAUCGCUUCAUUCUAUUGGUGGAUCGGUUUUUUCAUCUCCUCGGUCCUUUCCGGUUACCGUGUGGCGUGUUGAAGCAUGAAGCAGAUUGUUACAAAUCAAACAGUUAAAAUCCCAGAGGGAUUGACUGUUACAGUCAAGUCCCGUCUGGUGACUGUAAAAGGACCAAGAGGUGUUUUGAAACGAUCAUUCAAACAUCUUGCGCUUGAUAUUCGUAUGAUGAGUCCAAGAUUACUGAAAGUAGAAAAAUGGUUUGGAACGAAGAAGGAAUUAGCUGCUGUUCGUACUGUAUGCUCUCAUAUAGAAAAUAUGCUCAAGGGUGUGACAAAGGGCUACCAAUACAAAAUGCGAGCUGUAUACGCUCACUUUCCCAUCAAUUGUGUUACUACGGAGAACAACACAGUUAUAGAAAUUCGUAACUUUUUGGGUGAAAAGUACAUACGUCGUGUCAAAAUGGCACCCGGUGUAACUGUUGCAAAUUCUGGAAAACAGAAAGACGAGUUGAUCAUCGAGGGAAACUCCUUAGAAGAUGUAUCUCGUUCAGCUGCUCUCAUCCAACAAUCUACGACAGUAAAAAAUAAGGAUAUUAGAAAGUUCUUAGAUGGACUUUAUGUAUCUGAGAAAACAACUGUUGUACAAGAUGAUGAAUAAAUUCCUCGGCUAAUUAUAUCUAAACAA